AUGGCGAAUAGUGGUAGGGACGGCAAGAGUGAUGACGGGAGCUCAAGCCCCGAAUCAAAGAAGAAGUCCUUCGUGAAGAGCAUGGUCAAGGGUGGCAUAUUCGGCGGAUCGAGACGGCCACGGGCUCAAACUACGGAUGCAGAACCUAAGAAUGAUGGGAAAUCGGAGGACGUUGCGCCCCGUGAUACGGUUGCUGCGGACGCUCGAGAUGAGCAGCAGAAGCGUGCGAAGUUUCUGGCUGAGAAGUACGAGAAGAUAUUUGCGGCGCGUAAUUCGGCGGAAUCCAAGGUGGCUCGUGCAACUCAAUCUUCUGUUUCCGCUACAACUACUGGCCCUUCAAGUGCUGCCGCGGCUUCGCGGGCAGCAGCCACAUCGCAGGCGUCCGAGUCUGCCAAAUCAUCUGUAAGUGCCAAGGUGUCUGCAUUCUCCAAGGCAUCCGAGUCGACCAAAUCAUCUGUAAGUGCCAAGGUGUCUGUGACCCCCAAGCCGUCCGAGUCGGCUAAACCAUCUGAAACUGCCAAGGUGUCUCUGACCCCCAAGCCGUCCGAGUCGACCAAAUCAUCUGUAAGUGCCAAGGUGUCUGUGACCCCCAAGCCGUCCGAGUCGGCUAAACCAUCUGAAACUGCCAAGGUGUCUCUGACCCCCAAGCCGUCCGAGUCUGCUAAACCAUCCGAAUCUGCCACGGUGUCUGUGACACCAAAUGAGAGUGCUAUACCUCAGCUGGUGGUGACCUCUGUGGAAACCUCGGCGUCGAAGGCUGAUGCGGAAAAGACGGAAUCUCCUUCCAGUGGAGCACGUAUUCGUACGCUUGCUGACCUCCAGCGGGAGGAGAAUCAGGGAGGGCACAGUAGCGAGCACCGCGCAUCUCGUGCGCGGUAUCAGAGCUCGGCUGGUGAUCAGGGUGUCUCACGUUUCUGGUGUUUCAAUCGGCAAAUAAAUUGCCCUGUGCGGAUUGAAGUUAGGGGGCGUUUGUUUCCCGGCAGGUUAUUUUUGAUGAUCAGCAGCACUAUUCUGAUGACCGUCCUCUUCAUAUACCAAGCUUACUUAAAUAUGGCGACGUUUAACGGGCGUUGCGUCGGUGGCGCGGAUUACAGUCACAAGAUCGAAAACCGUGGGAUUUUCAAUCCGCUUGGUUACACGGCGUGCGAGAAUAACUUGAAGACGAAAGCGUCUGAACGGCACACCAUCGGUCUGUUAACGACUGACUUGGGGUACCCGACCGAUUAUGUAUAUAAAGGCUACGAAGGUGGGAUGGCGGGUACUGCGGAUGGCCCAAACGUCCGUACCCUCUACCUUAUGGGUGCCAUGUCUCCUAACCACGUCCGUCUGUAUAAGGAGUCCUACCGGAUUUGGACGGCUAUCUUUCUACACAGCGGUUAUUUCCACCUUUUGAACAACAUGCUGACGAACAUUGUAUUCCUGUACAUUCUUGAGCCGGAUUGGGGUUUCUGGAGGUGCCUAGUUGCUUAUCUCUUCUGUGGAUAUGCCGCCAACCUGGUCCACGCCAGCAUGUCUCCGUGCCACGCCACUGUGGGUGCGUCGGGCGCCUUGUUCGCUUUGUGCGGCGCGUUGAUUCCGUACGCUGUGGAGCAGUGGGAUAAGCUGCGAUCCCCGGUGUUCAUCAUACUGGUUUCGCUCGUCAUGUUUUUGUUAGAUGGGGGUUACGUGUUUGGACUUUGCUACGGCUUCGUUACUAUGGAAACGGCGACGCUGCUAGACCGGGGAGCGCUUUUCCACCGUUUCGUCUUCAGGUUAUUCUCAAGUCGCAUGUCGGAGGAAACGCAGCAACAGUACCGAGACAAAAUCGCCCAGGGUGCCCGCUCUAGUGAGCUUGCUCGUAUUAGGUACGAGCAGACGGCGAGGGAUCGGGUCGACCGUUACCGAUUUGUGAAGAGGCUCUUUGGCAUAUAUCCUCUGGGCCGCAAUCGCUUGAGGAUCCGCGAUAUCGUACUGAGGGUUGUGUUCUUCGUCAUUAUGAUUUCCAUGUUUGUGUACUUCUAUGUGGCGACUUAUAACGAAAACGUAUACACCAAGUUGAGUCCCCAGACUAACAUUUUUUUCGGUCGCAAUUGUUAUUGCGGUUUCCUCAAAAAGGACCCAGCGGAGGAGCUCCUACGGUACCAGAUUGGCGACCUUGGCGGGCAAUUCAUGUGCUUCCACCGCGUAAAGACCCGCAUGGAAUUCUGCGAUCCUGGUGACGGAUUCGACGAGUGA